AUGGCUUCUCGUAAGACUGUUAAUCGUAGACAGCGCCCACAAAGGGCUACAUCCAAUGUCUUCGCCAUGUUCGAUCAAGCUCAGAUCCAGGAGUUCAAAGAAGCUUUCAAUAUGAUCGAUCAAAACAGAGAUGGUUUCAUCGACCAGGCUGAUCUCCAAGAGAUGUUCGCUUCUUUAGGAAAGGAAGUUAAUGAUCAAUUCCUCGAUGCCAUGGUUACUGAAGCCCCAGGCGCAAUUAACUUCACUAUGUUCUUAACUCUAUUUGGAGAAAAACUUACAGGAACGGAUCCAGAGGAAGUCAUCCGGAAUGCUUUCCAAUGCUUUGACGAAACGAAUUGUGGGAGAAUAAAUGAGGAACGAUUACGAGAGUUGCUAACAAGUAUGGGAGACCGUUAUACUCACGAACAAGUUGAUGAACUGUUCCGUGAUGCUCCAAUCAAGUCAGGUAUGUUCGACUACAUUGAAUUCACCCGUAUGCUCAAACACGGAACAAAAGACAAGGAUGAGCAAUAA